AAGAGGAAAAAAUAUAACUGCUCGGGUCCAGCCGUGUGGUCGUCUUGUUGGUUCAGUCCUAUAUAGACCUCGUCCAGACCCCUAAUCCACUCGAAAGCAGUAUGACAUCUCAUCGUCUCUCUCUUCUAUCGUGGUAGUGUGUCCUUCUUGUUUCAAGGGAACUGGCUCCUCGCAACUGUAUAUUUAUCCAAUUGAACUCAGGUACAUCAGGAUGACAGUCGUUUGGUGAUCUCUUCGUCUCUAUUGUCCUUCGUUGGUUGCUUGAAUAUAUAUCUACAUAUAUAUAUAUAUAUUGGCAGGUUUCUUGGGAAAAGUCUUUUGUAUUUUGAUCUUUGGAAGCAAACAAAAUAAAGAACUACCUGGUAAUACAUACAUACAUACCCUUUACCACUUUUCGAGGAAUUUCAUGGCUGGAUUCCAGUGAAAUCACUUUUCCUCCCAAAGACAGAAGAUUUCUAUCUUAAUUUUUCUGAGUUACGAAGAAUUAUUUCUACCUGACGGGCAAACACAUUCAACCCAAGCUCACUCCUUCCUUGACGACCUCUCCGUUUUCGCGCAUCACCACCACCAUUCCUACCACCACCACAAACUGCCCUCGAGACCCUUAUUUACACGUCCUCCCUCCACGACAUAUACCGGCAUCAUUUGACCAACUUCGAAGACAUCGGCUCCCAUCUUGUCUCUAUACCUUGCAUUUCGCCCUCUUUGAAGAAGCCGAGAAAAUCAAUGGAAUCCUAUCAUACAUGCGUUGCGGGUCUUCUAUAAAAUUCUUCAUUAUCUCAAAUCGGUUCAUGAUCGCUCACUUGCACAAACAUUUUUCGUCCUCUUUAAUCGCUAUUCUAAAAGACGUCCCUUCCCCAGUUCCCUUGUUUGAAACACUAUACGAGUCUUACACACCAAAUUCGGGUUGCCACUUUCUUACGCCUAUACCUCGCAAAAUACUAUACCCACUCAAGUCAUCCCGUGUGACGUUGAAUUUUACCUCACUUGACCUCCGUGGACCGUGUCUAAAGAGGGCUCCUUAUCCUCCUCAAUUUUAUCCCCUGCUACCUUAGUCUUGAGUAGCAAAUAUGGCUUUACCUAGUCCAGAUAUAUGGCAGUGGGCUUUCCUGAUAUUGUGGUAAGUUUAUAGAGUUCUCCCCGAGCCGCCUGCCCCACUGCUACUUCCAUUCCUGCGCCACAAAGUUUGAGAACUAAUUGAGGGAACAAACAGGCUCCAUCGUUACGUCAGAUUCAUUGUCAAUACAAUCAGCCAUUGGGUUUACAGAACAGUGCCAAUACCUUCCAAUCCUUCUUUCACAUCGAAAGACGUGAGCGUCAUAAUACCUACGAUUCAUAACAACUUCGAUGAGUUGAGAGAUUCUUUGCAGAGUAUACUCGCGUGUCAGCCAGCCGAGCUUAUUCUUGUCACGACAGCCGACAAAUACCAGAAGUUGCAGUACUUCUCCAAGUCCUUGGAAGCCAACAAUGUCAGUGUGUACUUUGCACCAAUCGCAAACAAACGAAUUCAAGUAUGCGAAGUUAUUCCCAAAGUGAAGACGCGCAUCCUGGUUAUGGCAGACGAUGAUGUCACGUGGCCAAGAACAAUACUACCCUGGUUACUUGCACCUUUCGAGAAUGCAAAGAUUGGUGGUGUUGGGCCAUGUCAACGAGUGAAGCGAGUACGCAAGGGUACUUUUGCCGAGCGUGCUUUCAAUUGGCUUGGAGCUGCUUAUAUUGAAAGGCGCAACUUUGAAAUCUCGGCUACCCAUGGUAUUGAUGGUGGAACAUCCUGCAUGUCUGGGCGAACUUGUGCAUUCAGGUCCGAGAUUCUGCAAAGUCCUCUUUUCUUGGAUGGAUUCAAGACUGAAAGAUGGGGUCAAUAUCAACUCAAUGCAGAUGAUGACAACUUUGUCACGAGAUGGCUUGUCGCAAACCAAUGGUCGACAUGGAUUCAAUACAAUCGAGAGUGCGAGAUUGAGACGACCCUGGAGAAUAAUUUUAAAUACUUGUAUCAAUGCUCGAGGUGGGCUCGCAGCAAUUGGAGAAGUAACUAUACCAGCUUAGUCACCGAGAGACAUGUUUGGCAGUAAGUCAGAGCCCCUUUCGGUCACGAGGAGAAUGUUUUGCUGAUCAUGUAUGUGUGUAGUCAACAGCCGUGGUGUGUGUAUGCUUUGCAUAUUGCCACUUUUACCUCCCUGUCCUUCGCCUUUGAUCCUCUCAUCAUCUUCCUUUCAUUCAAGGCUACUGCAUCUUGGUCUUCACACCAUCAAAUGAUUGCAGUAAUUGCUCAAUUGGUAUUCAUGCUUAUAACAAAGGUUGUGAAGUUAAUCGGCCUUUUCAUUCGAGAACCAAAAGAUAUUGGAUUUCUUCCGGUCUCCAUUCUGUUCGGAUACUUUCACGGAUGGAUAAAACUCUAUGCACUGCUGACACUUCGGAUGGUAAGCUAAGAUCCCCGCCCUCACAUAUUCUCCCACUUGGGUUUCCGUUUCAAUUUUGGAUGCUAAUAAUCCUUGCACAGACUUCGUGGGGUAGCCGUGCAGACGGAGAUGCCAAUGAUAGCCACCGUAUGAGUCCUCGGGCGCGCCGCAGCGAAAGCAUCACACUUCCACCGGACAACCACCCCGGUCUCGUCCGCUACAAAGACGAGGUGCAAGUGGGAGCACCCGAGACAUUCGAGAGCUCACGUCACACCUCCUGUUCCGAAAAAUUUAGCUGCGCAAUUGCACCGGAGCCUGAACUUUACCCCCGCUUGAAUUAUGUAUACGACGAAUUUUUCAUCGACGAGAGCAAUCUCGACUCAGCUUCCGACACCUCUUACGAUCCAAAUGAUUCCCAUGAUGAUGAUGAUGUCUUUCUUUCUCAUUAAUUUCUUGAUGAGGCAGUUGUAGAAUAGGUACCCCUGAGACGCUAGUGCAGCAUUUUCCCGGGGGUGGUCGCCUUUCUAUUGUUUGUCAUUUACAUGCGUUGUCUAUUGUUUCAACGUAUCUUCGAAUUUCCGGCCGGGCGUACGCGCGCGUGCAUUCAGCAUAUUGACGAUUGAAAAGAUUACCUGGGUUACUGGUUCACACGCAAGAUAUAUUUGCGCAUUUUCUCGGAGUUUUAUCUCUCACUUCCCUUUCCCUGAGAAGAGAUGAGAAGGCAUAAGUAGUUGCUUUAGGAUAUAAGUUAUAUAAGUUGCUUUAGGUUGUCGAUGUACAUACGCACAUCCCACACCUCAAAUUUGUUUACCCUUUUUUUUUCAUGUUUGUGUCUUCAUUCUCCUUCUGAAUUUGAUAUAUCUUUCCUUUUUUUCUUCAUUUAUUUACUAGGAUGGAAAAAUAGGUCUCCAAAACUGUCACUGGCGGGCUUUACCGACGGCCUCGAAAAAGAAAAAAAUCCUUUCCGGAAUCGUAUGUCAUUUCAUUCUCUUUUCAUUCUCUUUUCAUUGUCUUUUCCUUAUCACUUAAUUAUCAGGAUGGAUAAAUUGGAGCAAGGAAGACUCUAUACAGAGGUCCACAGUCAAAGGGGAAAUAGGUUCUAAGAGAAAACAAUUUUAUGGUCACGGAAGCGAACGCAUCAUCACAGUGAUUCGAUUUGAUUUUAAUCAAAACCAUGUAGAAUAGAAAGAUAAUUUCAAAUGGCAUAUGGAUGAGAUGGGAUGAUCUGUAAGGGAGAUUAGAGGCCCGCAGGCAUAUUGUAUGUGGUUUGGAUAUUCAAUAUCAAUUAUCGUUCGUUUCUCCCA